GUCCCACACAAUAGGAUCAAACCAUAAUACUGGACAACAUUAGAAUUUUAGAAAUGAAAAACUAACUCAAUCCGAUCCAAGAGAAAGGAAGAAGAAGAAAUAUUGAUAAUGGCAGCUCCAGCUGUGGAGGGCGCAGCAGUAAGUGCUCUACGUUCGGUUCUGCAUCGAGUCCGGCAAGCAUCUGAGAAAUCAGGACGUAAGGCUGAGCAGGUGAGAGUUGUAGGUGUAAGCAAGACAAAACCAGUGUCUCUCAUUCGCCAACUUUAUGAUGCCGGUCACCGUUGUUUCGGUGAAAAUUAUGUUCAGGAAAUCGUCGAAAAAGCUCCUCAGCUUCCUCUAGAUAUUGAAUGGCAUUAUAUCGGGCAUUUGCAGAGUAACAAAGUGAAAUCUCUUCUGGCUGCAGUCCCCAGUCUUGCCAUGUUUGAGAGCGUAGAUAAUGAGAAGAUUGCAAAUCAACUCGACCGAUUCAUUGGAAACGCUGGAAGGGAGCCUUUGAAGGUUUUGGUUCAAGUGAAUACUAGUGGUGAAGCUUCGAAAUCUGGUGUUGAACCUUCAGAUUGUGUAAAUCUCGUAAAACAUGUUAAGCUGGGGUGCCCUAACCUUGAGUUUUCUGGCCUAAUGACGAUAGGAAUGCCAGACUAUACAUCAACUCCCGAGAACUUCGGGUCGUUAAAAAACUGCAGAAUUGAGGUUUGCAAGGCGCUUGGAAUAACAGAAGAGCGCUGUGAGCUGUCCAUGGGCAUGUCCGGUGAUUUUGAGCAAGCGAUUGAAAUGGGAAGCACCAACGUGAGGAUUGGAUCAACCAUUUUUGGACCAAGGGAGUAUCCAAAGCAACAGGUACGCUAAGGUCGAUGCUCUUUUUCAUUUUUGCUCAUCAAACUGCCUCAGAGUAAUCGAUCAAAACAUAAAACUGUCCCAGACUAGGGCGCAGAUCAUGUAAAAUGUACAUCUAAUUGUUUGCUCUGACUGAGUUUAACUCUUGAAACGCAUACUACAUGUAAUACUGUAAAUAGAUUCUACAUAUAUAUCUUUACGUCUUUAUCAGAUGCAGGUA